AUAUCAUAUAGUUAAAUAGAUAUUGCCUUUGGCUGACUUUGGUCUUGGUAAAGUGUCAAUCUUUUGAAAUGUAUUAAUAUCAUGAAUUGUGAGGCCACGAAAUGGACAACUACAUCGAACAUUAGUUUUAUUACUCAAUCGUCUACAAAAUGUCCUCAGGAAGUUCAAGAGAAGCGACUUUUAAUGGCUUUCAAAAGGGUCUUUCGAUAAUUUUGGAUGCAAAGGAAGAGGAUGGGUUGAAAAGAACUCGUCUGGAGCAAUUGUUAUCGGAAACUGCGGUCUGCCUCAAUGGAAUGGAAAACAAUGUUUUCUCAAUCAUUAAUGAAGAUUUUCCUGACGUUAUGCAAACGUUAGAAGAACGAAUCAAGAGACUACAGCAAAGAGAUUAUUACAUCUUGGUCGCUGGAGAAACAAGUUCGGGGAAAAGCUGUCUGAUAAACUUGUUGCUUGGCGUGGAGCUGCUUCCUUACUCCUGUCUCAGUACAACAUCUACAAUAUGCGAAAUAAAAUACGGAAUCGAUCCCAAACUUGUGGCACACGGCAAAGCUACCAGCAACGAUUCAGAAUCCUAUCCACCUUUGCCGCCGAAAACGGUGCGUUUGAAAGAGCCUGACGUGUGUAAUAAAAGCUACAAAGCACAAAUUGCUCCUUACGUACACAAGAAGAAGGACAGGGGGAAAGGAUCCUCGUAUGAAAAAGUAGAAAUUUUCUGGCCCAAUGAAUUGUUACAGGUCGGCGUUGUCAUAAUCGACAGCCCAGGUGUUGGCGAAUCCGAGAUAAUGGAUCAAACUUUGAUGAGUUACCUGCCAAAUGCUUUUGCAUUCAUCUAUGUCAUAAAUAGUACAAAUGCUGGUGGAAUACAAAAAGACAGGUUGGUAAGAAUAUUGGAUAAAGUUCGAAGUCUUGAAUCUGCUGAUGAAAUGAAUUCAAAUCAUUUGGCCGAGUGCGCUCUUUUCGUUGCCAACAAGUGGGAUCAGGUGGACAAAGAUGAACAGCAUGAGGUGAAGCAACAUAUUGUGCAGGAACUGAAGCAGUAUUGGCCAGACGGUAAUCCUCUUGAACAAACGGUUUACGUCUCCACUAAGGAGGCACUAGACAAGCGAAGGCAAGGUAAAAGAAGCGAAGAAUACGAUGCUUUGAUUGAAGGGAUAAAGUCGAUGGUUUUGAAAGCAAUCAACAGCAGACUAAUCAACCAUUGGGCGUGGAUGAAUCUUGUUUUGAAUCGAAUAAUAUUCAGGAUUGAGGGAUUUAAUCAAUCGAUGUUAGAAAACCGCGAUGCACUUAUCCAGCGAAUGAGUGGAAUUCACGGACAGAUUACGACGCUGCAAAACGCACGUCAGGAGGAUAUUGCUCAGCUGGAGAAGAAGUUUGCAGCUGAAACAGAAAUCCUCGUUGAUGCGCUCUACGAAUAUCUUUCUUGUCCGGAAUUUAAAGCGAGUUUUACCUCUUGGUACGACGACGAGAUUCCUGGCGAUGAGAAAACGUGGAUAUUGACGAAAGCCAUGAUUGUCAGCGCUUUAGAGAAACGAUUUGAAACGUUUUUGGCAAAUUGGGAAGAAGCGAAUGGUGUCCACGCUAAAGUACACGAUGAACUCGUCGAAUGUUUUCAAACCAAAUUUCGGCUCGCGGAGGCAGAAAUAAAGGACAUAGAGGAAGUGAUACACACCCGACAAUCACAAGCUAGUUCUGAAUCGACCGAGAAAGGAGAAAGACCUGAAUUCGAUGUCACGCCAAAGUUUAUAAACGGCAAGAAAUCUCCGCUGUGGAUCACUGUUGGUGUUGCGAGUUUGAUUGUAACGAUGCCCUUGCAUGUCGUAAAGAAAGCGCGGCAAAGCAUAAGUGAAAAAAUGAGGAUGGACACGUACCGAAAGGAUAGAAUGGCGUAUUUGAUAAAACGGUCUAAAAAAUUUUUAGAUUCGAGAUGUGCGAAUAAAGAUCAAGUACGCGUCUUCGUUAAAGAACAGAUGCACCUGGCGGAAGCCAUGUUGCAAGAGUACGUCUCCAGAAUUCCGAGAAUCCUCGAAGCAAACAGAAGGAUGGCGUUGGAACUGAUGAAUGAAACUAGAUCGAAGGAUGAGGUAUGGCGGGCAAACUCGCCCAUUUUUAGAAAAUGUAAGGAAUUGCAAAGAAUGUUAUCUUUAUUCGGUAUCCUCAUCUGGUCCGGAACGGUCAGAGCCGAGCGUCUCAACUGGAGUGAGGAUGAACAUUGUUGUAUUGGCCUGGGGGAAUUUUCCUCAGUAUACACGGGUAUUUUGACCAAAAUCGACCCAGGUAUUUCCGAAGAAGGCAGUCCAGCGAUCGUGGCUAUUAAAGUUUUUAAACAACCGCUUGAUAGCGCCAAUGCGAAUUAUUUUCUGAAAAAUGAAGCAAAGAUAAGGGAUUUGGAACACGAAAACAUUUGCAAGUUCCUUGGAGCUUUCAUCUUAAAGGACCCUACUUCACAAGCUGUAGAAGAUAUCAGGAUAGCAUUGGUCAUGACCAUGUACCAACACAAUCUUCGAAGUGUGAUCUUUAGCCGUAAUUUUACGCCACCGGUUAACGCCAUAGCGACGAAACGUUCUACAAUCAUGCAAUUUCUCGAGUGGGCGAUGCAAAUCGCGAACGCACUUGCCUAUAUACAUUGCCUGAAAUUAGUCCAUAAGCACCUGACACUAGAGAACAUAUUGGUCGGCCCAGACGGAUGUGUUAAGGUCUCUGACAUUGGGAUUAUCGGUCGAAACGAGCCGACCGAAUAUAAUAUGAUUUAUGCAGCACCGGAAGUACUUCAGUCCAACAGCUACGUAUACAGCGCUGGAAGCGACGUUUACAGUCUGGGUCUUGUGUUCUGGGAAAUGUGGCAUGGUAGCCAGGUUUUCUCGGAAAUAUUGCCUCUGAACAAAUACAAUUUUAUGGAAAAGGUAAUCUCCGGAUAUCGCCCUCAAAAACCCGGCUGCAAGAUCAGGAUGCCUGAAGUUAAAGAUGUCAUUGAUCAAUGCUUGUCGGGAGAAAUAGGCAUGCGCAUAACAGCAUCACGCUGUUACAGUGAUCUUGUGACUGCACAGGAAAAACUUCAAACAGAAGAAAAUGACUAGGUCUUUUCUAAACUAGAAACGCCCGGAAACGCAGUUGUGGCAAAGAGGGAAAAAUGGAGACCACGGUGAACCUGCAUCAUCUCCAAGCCCACUUUGCUAAAAUUCAGUCAAAAUAUCCUGCAAGGAAAUCCAACUGCACAUUACCUAAACAUUAGCGAGUUUCCCUCAUAUUUUAUAUCAUACAAAAAUGUCAUUCCCCGUUGGACGUUGGUAUCAGUUGCGUGUACCACGCGAGGGUGUCUCGCACAAAACAAGAUCGAAGAAACAACGGGGGAUUUCGUUUUAGACCAAACAGCAAGUUUGUUUACAUUUUCAAUAACCCAAUCAGAAUGCAUAAAUUUUGAUAAAAAGUACAAUACAUGUUGUUCCGAUGUGAUGCAUAGUUUAUGAAACAUGCGCUUGGAAAAUCAAUGAAAUAUUACCCCCUUGAGAUAGUUAAGGAUGUUUGGCCACUUUAGUAUUUUCAUGCCGACAUAUCUGGCUCUGAGCAUGCGCCGUUGCCGCAAACGGCAAAUCUAUUUCUGUAUUCUGAAAUGUGAAUUCAAAUUUUUAUGUUCUUCAACUUUGUUAAAAGUACAGCAAGAAGAAUUUGAUUUUUUUAACUUCAAAGAAUAU